GCGCGUGCGCGUGUCAACUAGUUGUCAGCUAGCGCUAGCUUCCCAUGGUAGCUAUCUUGCUGAAGCGUUUGUGCGCGGACACCUGAGUGGUUCUGUCACCAUGAGAGAAGGACACCUGCCCCCACUGCGUGUCCAGGAGCCUCCGGGAGCCUCCGGGGCCACAGAGGAUGAGGGGCUUGUCUGAAAACAGUGAUAAUUUAGCCAACGCCAACGCCGAGUGAAGCUAGACUUUUUUGGACAGGCGGCUGCCGUGGCCGCUAGCAUCCUGCAGAGGAAAGCUCCGAGAUUUCUUUCUCUUUUUUAAGCCCCGAGUGGACGCGGAAGGACGAUAUGAGACUAUGAGACUAUGAGACUAUGAGCUGCACAGCUAAUGCUAAAUAUGAAUGUUUUUAAAUACAUUGAGUGGGUUGCCAAUGUGCCUAAAAGUCUUUCUCCUGAUAACCCAACACGGAUUCAUCUACAGUGUGGCAACGCCGGUGCAGAGAGGGGACAAGAGUAUGCAAGGAUUCUUGACCUCAACUGAUGCAUACAUAUCCAAGACUCAGAACUUUUGUCCUUGAUGAAACAGUCUUGGUUAAUCUGCCGUCCCCAAUGGAAGUGCCAUCGUAGACACAAGAUACUGUGGCUCGAACUGCUGCACAGUUUUUUGAGCUACAGACUUGGAGGAAGUAUUUCAGCUUUUGGGUGAACCUGAAGGUGGAGAUGGGUUCCCAAGCUCUUCAGAUAUUGAGGCAGGGUGUGUGGGCCUCACUCACAGGGGGCUGGUAUGUGGACCCCCAUCAGAGCACAUUCUCAAACUGCUUCCACCUCUACCUUUGGAUAUUUCUUCUGGCCUUCCCCUUUCUGCUCUAUAUGGCUCUUCCUCCUAGCUUGGUCAUAGCAGGAGUCUAUUCUGCUGUGGUGGCAGUGUUUUUCACAGCCAUUAAGGUAGUGAACUUCCGGCUUCAUGCAAUGUUUGACCUUGGGGAGAUUAUAGAGAAGAAGCAGGCCUCACUCACAGCUGACGCCCCAAGAACAGAAGAGGGAGAUGAAGGUUCAGGUGUCCAUGAUGGAAACCACCACAGGGACAGUCAUAUUGGUGUAGAGAUGACUGUGUUUCGAAAGGUCAACUCAACACCUCCGGUGCGCUGUAGCUCCCAGCACUCACUGUUUGGGUUGAACCAGGUGUCGGAGUUUUUGCCUCAGCUGGAGGAUACAGGAGGCAAUAAGGAUAUCAAAGAGCUAAUGCGGGAACAAGGAAGCAAUAACAUGAUUGUUACAUCAGCUCACCGCGAAAUCUUACGACAAACCUCUCUGGACACCAUUCGAGCGCCCAGUGUCAUCCAGUCCUGCAUUGCUGCUGGUCUGGGAGGUGAUUUCUCUGGUCUUGUGGGAGUAUCUACUGGCUUUGGCGAGCCUGGAGAAUGUCUGUCUAUCCCCCCUUCACCCUCCAGUCAAGAAGAUGGAGGUGAGAAAGACCACUUGCAGGAAGUGGAGGAGUUACCAGAACAACUGUCUCUGCGGAGUCCUGAGGACAAUGGGUUGGGGUCUUAUUCUCCCCUUGGCCCCUCUGCUGAAUCUGAGAGUCUGGGGGAUACCCCGCUCAGCCCUCUUAUAAAGAGCAGCUUAAGUGAAGAGCUGAGUGAAAAUCUUUUGGGUUUGGGCCUUGACCCUGUGGCAUUUGCACCUGGGACUAAGCAUCCAGGCAGCCGCAGUGGGGUGGCACUAGCAGCCGGAUCCACAGACAGCUGUUUUAGUACAGGUGGAACCACCACGGACCGUGAGACGCUGAGCACUGUUAGCAGUUACCGCAGUGAAAAAACUGAUUCCACUCAACUGGAAAGCCCUUCGUUCAGCCAGUCACAGCCUGCAGAUGGACAGUCUUCUGCCUCCGCUAAAGCAAUAGGCUCAAACAUGGUGGAGCCUAGAGAAGACCCAGUAGGACAGGGUGGAAGUGAUACAGACAACCUGUCAGACAGUGUGUUGCUGCGUUCACCUUCCAAAGACUUUUCUCUCAGCCAGGGGCUAGACAGGACACUUGUCGAAGAAGAGGAUUUGACCCCUGUGCCCUCUGAUAUUGCACAGCCCUCUCCUCUCCAGAACUCAUCCCCUUCAAGUAGUGGCCAAUCCGAAGUUUGUGAUUUAGACAGAAAUAUCCCACUUCCCCCUGUACCCCCUUCGCGUCAGGCCAAUUCGGUGCCCUCAGGGCUGGCCCUGGGUUUAGUGUGUUCUGAGCCUGCUUUGCCCAUAUCCUCUACCCCUUUCUUACUGUCUGACCAGCCUGCAUUGCAAGCCCAGCAGGUUGUGCGCCCUAAAGACUUGAAGCUGCUGCGGGCCAGUGGCAGUAGUGUGGGGCACAGACCAGGGCGGAGAAAAGCUCCAAGAAGACGAGGCGGAGCAGGAAGCAGUAGUUUUGACUGUGGCUCGUACAGGCGUCACCACAAUCAUAGACAACACAGAGAUUACAUCCCAGUGCGCAACCGACUGGGUGCCAAGGCGUACAGUGAAAGUCUGUUUGAAGAUUCUAGUGACGAGGAUGAUGGGAGUGACAUGAGCGCUGGUUCCAGUCUGGGCUCCCAGCACCGAUACAGCUCAGAUGAUGAUGAUGAUGAUGAUGAUGAAGAUGAUGAUGACUCAAGUUCCUCUACCUCCAGCUACUCCCCAGACCUUGCUAACACUGGCAUUACAUCCCCACUCCCCCCUGCUGCUCAGCUGCCCAUUCCAGGGGAAGGGGAUUUACCUGAAACUGCUGGCCCCUCUCAUUCUCGUGCUGCUCAGCGCUCUUCUAGCACAGCUAGUGCUAAGACUCAUGCAAGAGUGCUAAGUAUGGAUGGGGCAGGUGGAGGCCAGAGCAACACUGCUGCUCAGCCCUCUACCCUGCUUUCAAUGCCCUCCACCUCCACUCCUGCACCUCGAACUCUCACCAUGUCAAAGUCUGAUCUGGAAGCCCGCACUUUUCAUAAUGACGGCUUCCCUGGAGCUCUUCAUCAUCGGCUGGAUUCUCUUGGCGGCUCUUGGACGGGCAACCAGAUGGGCUGGAGGGCAGGGGAGCUGGUUGAAGAAGGAGCUGUGGGAGGAGCUAUGGCUCCAGAGGAUGGAAGCAAACAUGACUCAGUCAGCAGUGUAAAGAGGACCCAGGCCAUUCGCAGGAGGCACAAUGCUGGAAGCAACCCUACACCGCCCCCGUCCACUAUGGGAUCCCCUCCCAGCCUGCAAGACCUCCAGCGAGCUCGCACCUCUUCUCAUUCACGGACACGCACACUCCCCUCAGCCUUACAGUUUGCCUCCUCACUCCUAUUGCCUCGCAGUGGCAUCCAUGAGGCCUCCACCUUUGAUGACACAUCUGAAGGAGCAGUGCACUACUUCUAUGAUGAAAGUGGCGUGAAGAGGUCCUACACAUUCGGUCCUGCUGGAGGCGGUUAUGAAGACCCAGUUCAUGAAAGGGAAAGGCAAUCCCAGUCCUCAAGUUUCACCUCCACUGAGGUCCAGGAAGGGGCACCGGUCCUGUCCAUGCUACAGCCCAGACCUGUUUUACAGGGCAUGCAGGUGCGCAGGGUACCUCUGGAAAUGCCUGAGUUUGAUCCAGAUCAUGAGUCUUUACAAGAGUCCCAGGAAAACACGCUGAUGAUUGAAGAGAAAGCUAAACCCAAACAGUACUAUCGCUUUUGGGUACUCCCUGGGAAGUGGCUGCGGGUUCGAUAUGAUCGAUUGGCUCUUCUGGCCUUGUUGGACAGGAAUCGUCGUGUUGGUGAGAAUGUAUUUGCAGUGGUGCUGGCCAGUCUCGUGGCCUUCCUGGGGUUCCUACUACUUCUACAGGGCUUCUUCAGGGACAUCUGGGUGUUCCAGUUCUGCCUGGUCAUUGCUAGCUGCCAGUAUUCCUUAUUGAAGAGUGUUCAACCAGAUGCCGCUUCUCCCAUGCACGGCCAUAACUGGAUCAUUGUGUAUAGUCGACCAGUCUACUUCUGCUUGUGCUGCGUGAUGAUCUGGAUCUUUGACCUGUCUGGGCGCUCUGGAAGCCUGCAGCCCUUCUCCCUCUAUGGUGUCACCUUCUUCUCUGCCAACUUCUUGCUCUGUGUCAGGGACAUGCUCAUCGUCUUUGCCUUGUGUUUCCCGGUGAUUUUCCUGUUUGGGUUGCUACCUCAGGUCAAUACUUUUAUGAUGUGUCUGCUGGAACAGAUUGACAUGCACGUUUUUGGUGGAACUGCCACCACCAGCCCCCUUUCAUCUCUCUUUAGCCUCAUACGCAGCGUGUUGGUGGCUGCUCUGCUGUAUGGAUUUUGCCUCGGUGCUAUCAACGCACCAUGGGGGGACGCUCAUGUGCCAGUCCUGUUUUCUGUGUUCUGCGGCCUACUCCUGGCCUUAUCCUACCACCUCAGCCGCCAAAGCAGUGAUCCCACCAUCUUGUGGUCACUGGUCCGGUCUAAAUUAUUCCCUGAGCUAGAGAACCGCAUAGCAGAUGAACCCCCUGUGGAGAUCAAGGACCCUCUUCCUGAGAAGCUCCGUAACUCUGUGAAGGAGAUUCUUCAUUCAGACCUCGUCAUGUGUCCCCUCAUGGCUGUGAUUACCUUUGCCAUCAGUGCCAGCACAGUUUUCAUCGCUUUACAGCCUGCUCUCAGCUUCGUCUUGUACAUCCUUGCCGGGGUUAUUGGCUUCGUUACUCACUAUCUCCUGCCCCAGUUCCGCAAACAGCUGCCAUGGUUCUGCCUGGCUCACCCUGUGCUCCGCUCCAGAGAGUACAGUCAGUUUGAGGUUCGAGAUGCUGCUCAGUUGAUGUGGUUUGAGAAGCUGUACGCAUGGCUUCAGUGUGUGGAGAAGUAUUUCAUUUACCCAGCAGUGGUGCUUAACUCCCUGACGACAGAAGCUCGCACUGUAGGCCAGAACCACAAAGAGCUGGACAUCUACAGCCGAGCUUUCUUCAUCUCAGUAGCAGGCAUGAAGCUGCUGCGGUCCUCCUUCUGUGUGCCAUCACAGCAGUAUGUCACUCUGUGCUUCACAACACUCUUCUUUCACUUUGACUAUCCACACUUCUCAGAGACCUUCCUCAUCGACUACUACUUCAUGUCCAUUCUCUUCAGCAAGAUGUGGGACCUGCUGUACAAACUUCGCUUUGUGUUGACUUACAUCGCCCCAUGGCAGAUCACCUGGGGAUCAGCCUUCCAUGCAUUCGCUCAACCCUUCGCUGUGCCUCACUCUGCUGUGCUUUUUGUCCAGGCCGUCUUCUCUGCCCUGUUUUCCACCCCUCUCAAUCCUGUCCUAGGCAGUGCUGUAUUUGUCACCUCGUACACAAGACCUGUAAAGUUUUGGGAGCGUGACUACAACACCAAGCGGGUCGAUCAUUCCAAUACCAGACUUGCCACUCAGUUGGACCGCAACCCAGGUGCAGAUGACAACAAUCUCAAUUCGAUUUUCUAUGAGCACCUGACGCGCUCGUUGCAGCACAGCUUGUGUGGAGACCUGCUGCUCGGUCGCUGGGGCAACUAUAGCACAGGGGACUGCUUCAUUCUCGCCUCAGACUACCUCAAUGCUCUGGUGCAUAUCAUUGAGAUUGGCAACGGACUGGUCACCUUUCAGCUUAGGGGUCUAGAGUUCAGAGGGACCUACUGUCAGCAGAGGGAGGUAGAGGCCAUCACAGAGGGGGUUGAGGAGGACGAGGGCUGCUGCUGCUGUGAACCUGGUCACCUGCCUCACAUGUUGUCAUUCAAUGCUGCCUUUGGGCAGCGCUGGCUGGCGUGGGAGGUGGCCGCCACCAAGUACGUUCUAGAGGGCUACAGCAUCAGUGACAACAAUGCAGCUUCCAUGUUGCAAGUGUUCGACCUUCGGAAGAUCCUCAUCACCUACUAUGUUAAAAGCAUCAUCUAUUAUGUGAGUCGAUCUUCUAAGCUGGAGGAAUGGCUGACUAAUGAGACCAUUCAGGAGGCUCUGCGGCCUUGUGUUGGGCCUAACUACGUAGACAGUGACCCCACAUUCAACCUGAACAUCGAUGAGGACUAUGACCACAGGGCGUCCGGCAUUACCCUCUCCUCGUUCUGCAUGGUUUACCUGGAUUGGAUUCAGUACUGCAACACCAGGCGUCAAACGCAGGUUACCUGUGAAAGAGAUUCUCCACUUGUCAUCCUCUGUUUUGGGUUGUGCAUCCUGGGAAGAAGAGCUCUGGGCACUGCCUCCCACAGCAUGUCUGCGAGCUUGGAGCCGUUCCUCUAUGGCCUCCAUGCGCUCUUCAAGGGAGACUUUCGCAUCACAUCUCCGAGGGAUGAGUGGGUGUUUGCAGACAUGGACCUGCUGAAUCGAGUGGUGGCACCAGGAGUGAGAAUGUCCCUCAAACUGCAUCAGGAUCACUUUACUUCUCCAGAUGAGUAUGAGGAUCCCAUGGUUUUGUAUGACGCCAUCACUGCCAAUGAGGAGAAGAUGUUGAUAUCACAUGAAGGAGACCCUGUUUGGCGCAGCGCUAUUCUAGCAAACAUGCCGUCACUGUUGGCACUGCGCCACAUCAUGGACGAUGGCAGCGACGAGUACAAGAUCAUCAUGCUUAACAAGAGGUUCCUCAGCUUCAGAGUCAUCAAGGUGAACAGAGAGUGUGUGCGUGGCCUGUGGGCGGGGCAACAGCAGGAGCUGGUUUUCCUGCGCAACCGUAACCCAGAGCGCGGCAGCAUUCAAAAUGCCAAACAGGCCCUUAGGAAUAUGAUCAACUCGUCAUGUGACCAGCCCAUCGGUUACCCCAUUUAUGUGUCUCCACUCACCACCUCAUACGCUGGGGGGCACAGCCAGCUGCGCUCUGUGUGGGGAGGACCGGUCAGCCCGCACAACAUCUACACCUGGCUCAUCAGCAGCUGGGACGGGUUACAGAAAGGCUGUGGUGCUGGCUGUAACAGUGGAGGAAACAUUGAAGACUCAGACUGUGGAGGUGGCUCCGCCUCCAUCUCCACCAACCCAGCCAUUCACACCACCCAGAGCACACCUGCCUCCAGCCUUCCUCAGCCUCACAUCACCACUGUUCAGCCUCCCAUUGGUACAGAUAACCCUGUUGGUCCAACCCAGAGCUGGUCUCACCAUCCCCAACCGCUUCCAUUAGCUCUGCUCAGCCAGUCAGAAGGCAGGAUGGAGGCGGGCUUGCUUACAUCCUUGCAGCGAACCUCCUCCAUCCAGGGUCUGCUGGGCCAGCAACUGUCCAGCUCCCAGCUUUCCUUCAGCAGUAAUGUGGCUCCACCUCCUCUGCCAGGUCCAGAGCGCUUUGGUCCAGCAAGCCUGUUGGAGAACUCGGGACACAGAGCGGGCCAGCGGGCUGGCCUCGCCUGCAGUGGACUCCACUACGAGAGCCACUUUGGCAAGUGGAGUUUUUCAGGCAGGAAGGGCUUUAAUGGACCAGCUGCAGUGGAAGGGGAAGGAGCAAUAGUACAGACCAUACGCACACAGCCUGCUGCUCCUGCUCCUCUGCAGGAGGUCAGUCUGACACAUGAUCCUCUGGGAGCCACUCAGACGAUGGAUCCCCUCCUGCUGACAGCAGGUGACCCCCCGACCCCCAGAGAGGAAUCCACAGAGCUGCCUUUACUCGAGCACCUGCACUGAGUCUGUGCAGUGGAAGCACACGGCGGUUGAUUCUGCUCAGACCAGACUCUUUAUUCCAGCCUCAUUCCGUCGGCCCUCGUUUAACGACUCCGUGUAACCACGGCUUGUGAAUCCUUAACUGCAAUACUGUCACUCUUCUUAUCGUCAGCCGCAGGAAUCAACCAUCUACACAGCUGAUUCUCAUCAGAUUAGGACAUCAUUUCAGCCAAAGUCCACUUUCAUAAAGACUGGAGGACCUGGUGAUGAACAUGUUUUUAAUCUUUACGUUUUUUCUCCCAGACAAAGGCACGCGGUGUGUCUGUGGACGACCGUUGGGUUGGUAGUGACAGGCCACGAUGACCAGUGCAAUGAAAAGGGAUAUUUUUGCUUGAAGAUUGUUUUUUUUUUAUAUACUGGAGAGUAAGAGGAUCACGUCUGUCUUUCUUUCACUUGACAUCUGAACCAGCAGGGUUGUUUUUUUCUUUGUUCGUUUCUGCCUAACUAAACAAAAAGGAUCAGAAUAUUACUGUAUGUUUGUGCAGGAGAUUCAUUUGUGGAAACCACCAAAAGCCUUCUUUUAAUUUUCCACCCAUCCUCACCAGACCUGCACUCGUGUGUCAAAGAGCUCCCGUGUGUCUCCCGUGUGUCUCCCGUGUGUCUCCCGUGUGUCUCCCGUGUGUCUCACAUAUUCAACAUCCCACCAAGUCAUCUGUUUUCCUCUGGCUUAUUUCCUACAGAGGUGCCUGAAAACGUCUAGUCACUUGUGUUUUGGAGCAGAUUUUACGGGGGAAGGAAGAGUCUCCUCUGUCCCAGCCAACAUGUGGUGCUUUGACCACGAGUUUACAGUCUCCUUAGUCGUGGACAAGAGUCCAAACACCCAGAGCUGGAACCCAUUCAGUGAAAAUUGUGUUGAUCACAAACUUGCUUUUUUUUGUUUUUUUGAGAGUGGAAUGUCAUUUUCUAUUGGUUUACUUGAAGAUUCACAGGUUCCCUGAGUGUUUAGGGGCACUGACUUUGUUUUCUUAAGCGAUCAAUAACUCCCCUCUGAUCAGAUUGAUGACUUUCUCAGCUGCUGUGUGUGGGGAGCGGUUUUCUUUGCCUGCUGUUCGGCCCCUCCAUCACUAUACUACUGCUUCUGCAUCUCCUGCUACUAAUAAUAUACCCACAACUACUGCUGUUUCUACAACAGUUAAUCCAGCGUUUUAGUUGGAAACGGACAAAGCUGAAUAAACAUGUAGGCGAAGGUGGAAUAUUUAUUUGUUAAAUAUUGUCUUACAGAUAUCUUUAACAGGGUUUGUCUCUAUGGUGUGCUGAUAUAGUGGAAUUGGAAAUCUGCCUUGUGUCGACUGUACCCACCCUGCCCUCAGAGUGUUUGGUGUUAUCACAUUUGUAUCAUCUCACUAAUGGCUGUCUGAUUUAUUUUUGUCAGCGUGUGUAUUUGAACUGGAAGUUGGUCUCUUUCCCACUCGUGCACUCAAAUGAAAACACUUAUUGUGGAUUGAAGUAAACUGGUAAUCAAACCAAAUCAGGCCCAAAAUGUC